UUGCGUUCAUCAACCGCGUCUGGCGACUCUUGCGUUCACGGUUCACCCGAACCACACCCGUUCCUUUCCUUUCUCCUCCCUCCCUACUCACACCCCUGAACCCUUUCACUUCGUGGCGCCGACUGCGCAACCGGCACCAACCUUCGCCAGGUUUUCGUGGGCUCUUUCACCGAUACAACCAUCCUCCAGGCUACUUAUAUUCGGAUCUAACCCAAAGUUGCUGUUUUUUCCAUAUAUGAAAAGAAGAACGCAAGGGAUGCUCGAUUGACUCUAGUUACUUAGCAGAACCAAAAGUGGAAGGCCAUCAAAGAUACGAGGCUAUUUUCUCUCCAUGUCUCGGUCACCCCACCUCCCACCCCGCUGCCCACCGCUGGGUCCUCAGAUCACUCGAAGGGAUGACGGCAUGUUCACGCAAAGCUGCAGGUUUCCAUCUGGGGAUACGUUCAUUGGUGAACCACCGUGCUGGCUGGAUGAUCUCCUUGAAGAUUCUGGGAAAGCUCCCAAGCUCCCUCCUCUCAGAAGGGCCUGCAGCGAUUCUGAUGCCAUCUUAGAUGCGCUGUCGACAUUCCAGAGCCCAAUUUAUCCAAUCGAGGAAUGUGAUCUAAACUCAGGUGGUGAAGCUGAGGACUUGUUGGGUGGAGUCGAAGGUGAUGAAAGUGGUUCUGUGGUCGAGGCUAGCUGUUUCUAUGGUCCGAAUUCGCCAAGACAGAAGAGUAGGCUUACAACUUCAGAGAGUUCCAUGGUAAAUGCUGUGCUUGAGAAUGUCCCCGGCAACCCCUUGCAGUACCUGACCAUCGAUGCCUGCAGUGAUGUGAAUGGUAAUGUGGCCAAUGUAACUGCUGAUGCCUGUGAUGCUUUUGGCCAUCCUGAUCAAGACAAGUCAUUUAAAAGGCGCUCAGGGCAAAGAUCUAGGGUCCGAAAACUUCAAUACAUCGCUGAACUUGAAAGAACUGUCGAAUCGCUUCAGAACAUUGGAGCUGAUUUGGCCGUCAGAAUGUCAUCACUUUUCCAUCUUCACAAUGCUCUAUCAAUGGAAAACAAGCAACUGAGGAUACAUAUUUCCAGUCUUCAGCAAGCAAAACUGAUUAAGGAUGGUCAGACGCAGGCCCUAAAGAAUGAAGCUGAAAGGUUGAAGCAGAUGUCUGCCCGUCACCGCCGGAGCAGAAGCGUCACUUCCUGUUAUGACCUGAGCUCAUUCGGAGCAGAUGCUACGGCAGUCAAUUGGCAGAUGCCUGACAUGGCAAGGCUCAGCCUGAAUGGAAGCUCCUCUGUCUCCCCAAGAAGCGGCUAUGGUAUAUGACAGCAGCCGGCCCUAACCUCCCUCAGAAGAUAAGUCGAGGCAUUACCCUAGAUAACUUUUCGCUAACCUUACCCAGGCAUAUAUUUGAGGGCCCAUCUUUGACUAGGAUAUCAGUUGGAUUCGCUGAAUUUUGCAGAGGCUAUCAGCUUAGGCCCGGUUUGGUUGGGGUUUUAGGCUGUUUUUGCUUUCCAAAAGCCAAAAGAUCAACCAAAAGACUUUUUUCAGAAGCAGUUGCUUUUCGUAAUUUUUUUUAAAACACCUUAGACCUUGUUUUUGGCUUUUGGUUUUCUGCUUUUCUAAAUGGGUUGAAUAAAUAACACAGUUGUUUCGAGAGAGAUACUAUAAGAGGUACAUUUUACAUUUGUUUU